AAAUUCUACCUUUGUUGCCUUGGCGCUGGCAAAAACCUUAUCAUUUUCUCUCUCGCCAAACCCCCCAAACAAUUCAAUCCGCAAACCCUAAUUUAUACACACAAAAUUUAUCAUUUUGCUUCAUUAUUGAUCAAUGGAUUCAACUGAAGGUGCUGCAAAUCAAAUGGGUUCUUCUGAUUCGAAUCCAGGUUCUUUAAAGUCGUCAUCUUUUUAUUUAGAUAAGAAUGUUAUUGAUUCUGAUGUUUUGAAAGUUGAUGAUAAUGAUGAAAAUGAUAGUCUUAGUACUAUUAGUGAUGGUGGGUUUGUGAGUGGUGAGGAGGAUUUUGAGAUAGAGAAGCCUGUUUUGGGUGAUAAAUUGGUUGAGAUUAGGGAAAUCAAGACUGUUGGUGGUGUUGAUUCUGGUGACCCUUUUGUUGGUUCUCCUGAUUUCGCAACCCCGAUUGCGGGUGGGGAGGAAAAGAGUUAUAAAGAUGUGGUCUUGGAGGGUGGGGUGGGGAGGAGUUUCAAAGAUGUGGUCUUGGAGGGUGAUUUGAGUGACGUGGGGGGGAAUGUUGAGGUUGGGGUAUUGGAAGAGGGGUUGAAGGAAGAUAAGGUGAUUGAGGUUGCCGGGGCGGAGGAGAUUAAGUUGGAGGGCGAGGAGGUGCUGUUGGAUGAGAAAAAGAUUGAGGGGUAUAAUGGUGGUGAGGAGGGUGUUAGUGAAGUGGUUGAGAAACAUGUUGUUGAGAGCAGUGGGAGUGAGGAAGUUAGUGUUGGGGUUGUGGAACCGAUGGAGGGUGUUGAGGUUACACGUGAAGGGGAUGCUGUUGUGGAGACUAUAAAUGUUGAUUUGUUGGAGCCUGGAGUGGCUGUUGUUGGGGAAAUAGAAGGAAAUGAGAGUGCUAAUGGAAGUAGAAGUUUGAGUGAUGAGUCUGAUCAAGUAAGUCGGGGGAUUGUCGAGGAGGGUUCAGUUCAAAAUGUCGUUGUUCCUAUGGAUAUUGAAAGUUUGAGCUUUAAAGAUAAUUCUGAUAAUGUGAGUUCUGGGACGGUUGAGGAGGCUUCAGUUCAAAAUAUUGUGGUUCCUACGGACACUGAUAGUUUGAGCUUGAGCAAUGAAACUGAUGAGGCGAGAACUGGGACUGUUAACGAGAAUUCUGUUCAACAUGGCGUUGCACCAACAACUUCCGAGUUAGUUGAAUUGGAUGGUACAAAAUUUACUCCUGAAGGAGACUCUGUUGUGGAAGAUAUACAAGUGAAGCUGGCUGUACCAGGAGUGGCAGUUGUCGGGGAAGAAGAAAAUAAAGUUGAUGUGGAUGUGGGCUCUAAUGAUGAGCCUAAACAAGUAUUCGGUGAUAAUGUCACUGCUGUUCAAAAUGUGAAUAUUGAGCCACUUGGUAUUGAUAGUACUGAAUUAACUCGUUCUGCAGAUGCUAAAACUACACCUGAAGGGGACUUUCUAGUAGAAAAUAUACAGGUGGAUGUGUCAAAACCUGGAGUGGCUGUUGUCGGUGAAGUGGAAGAAAAUGGUCAAGCUGUUGGCUAUGUUGGAGAUAUUAAAGAAAAUGAAAACAAGCCAGUGACACAGGUUGAGGAAGAUGCUAAAUCCAAACUAGGAGUUGUUUCUGCACCUAGUUCAGUUGGUACUGGUGCUGAAGCCGUGGUUGGUACUAUAGAUUCCAUAACUAGUAUUCCAGCCAACUUGGAAGAACAUAAACAAACUGAAGAUACCAGUGUAAGUAUUCAAGAUGAGAUAAAAGAAAAUGGGGCCUCUGCAAUUGAUUCUGCGGAACUAAACCCACUUGAAAUUACAGAUGGACAGAACUUUAAAGAGAAAGAAGCAAGUGAGGAUGAUGUAGAAGGCUCAGGUUCUGACGGGGAGUCUGAUGGAAUGCUGUUUGGAAGUUCUGAAGCUGCAAAGCAAUUUAUUGAGGAGUUGGAACGUGAAUCGGGAGGUUCCAACUCAGGUGCAGAAAGUUCUCAUAAUAAUGCACAUAGAGUAGAUGGGCAAAUCGCGACAGACUCUGAAGAAGAGGACAGUGAUGAAGGAGAGGGUAAGGAGAUGUUUGAUUCAGCGGCAUUAACAGCUCUUUUAAAAGCAGCAACAGGUGCGAGUUCAGAUGGAAGCAAUAUAACUAUGACGACCUCUCAAGAUGGUUCUAGGCUUAUUGAAUUUGAGCGUCCUGCUGGUUUAGGAUCCUCAAUGCAGUCCUUGAGGCCUGCUCCACGAGCAAAUCGGUCCAAUUUUCUUACUCCAUCAAAUUUUUCUGGUAGUGAAGAACCUGAGAACAACUUGAGUGAUGAGGAGAAGAGGAAGCUGGAGAAGUUGCAGUCUAUCAGGGUAAAAUUCUUGAGAAUUAUUCAGAGAUUAGGGGUGUCUUCGGAUGAUUCUAUUCCAGCCCAGGUUUUGUACAGGCUGGCGCUUAUUGCAGGAAGGCAAACUGGUCAGCUUUUUGGAUUUGACACUGCAAAGCAGACAGCUUUGCAGCUGGAGGAAGAUGGGAAAGAUGAUUUAGAUUUCUCCGUGAACAUACUCGUUCUUGGGAAAUCUGGAGUUGGAAAGAGUGCAACAGUUAAUGCAAUUUUCGGUGAAGAGAAAACUCGGAUAGAUGCAUUUGAGCCAGCUACAACUGCCGUCAAAGAGAUUGUAGGUGUGGUUGAUGGGGUAAAGAUUCGGGUCCUUGAUACACCUGGCCUCAAGACUUCGGUAAUGGAGCAGUCUUUCAAUCGCAGCAUCUUGUCUUCUGUCAAGAAAUUAACAAAGAAGAACCCGGUUGAUGUUGUUUUGUAUGUAGAUCGUCUGGAUUCCCAAACUCGUGAUCUCAAUGAUUUGCCACUAUUGCGUACGAUUACCAGUUCUCUUGGAUCUGCUAUAUGGCGUAGUGUGAUAGUAACUCUUACACAUGCUGCUUCUGCACCUCCAGAAGGACCAUCUGGUUCUCCUUUAAGUUAUGAUGCUUUUGUAUCCCAACGAUCUCGUGUCCUGCAGGUCUCUAUUAGUCAAUCUCUUGGUGAUAUACGCAUGAUAAGCUCAAGCUUGAUGAAUAUGAUGGUAUCUCUGGUUGAAAAUCAUCCGUCAUGCCGAAAGACUAGGGGAGGACAGAAGGUUCUUCCAAAUGGCCAUACAUGGAGGCCGGAGUUGAUGAUGUUGUGCUACUCAAUGAAAAUAUUAUUAGAAGCAAAUUCUCUGUCAAAGCCUCAAGAAUUAUUUGACCAGCGUAAGCUCUUUGGGUUCCGUACUCGCUCACCCCCUCUUCCAUACAUGUUGUCCUCUAUGUUGCAGUCGCGUGCGCACCCAAAACUCUCCACUGAACAAGGUGGUGACAAUGGUGAUUCUGAUAUUGACUUGGCAGAUUUGUCAGAUUCAGACCAAGAGGAUGAAGAUGAAUAUGAUCAGCUUCCACCCUUCAAGCCUCUUAAGAAAUCUCAGCUUGCUAAGUUGAGCAAGGAUCAAAGAAAUGCCUACUUUGAGGAAUAUGAUUACCGUGUGAAGCUUCUGCAGAAGAAGCAGUGGAAGGAGGAGUUGAAAAGAAUGAAAGAGAUGAAGAAAAAAGGAAAGGACUAUGUGAAUGAUAGUGGUUACACUGAUGAAGAUCCUGAUGCUGGUUCUGCAGCUCCAGUGUCUGUUCCAUUACCGGACAUGGCCCUGCCACCUUCUUUUGAUAGUGAUAAUCCAGCACACAGGUAUAGGUUUCUGGAACCUACUUCGCAAUUUCUGGCAAGGCCGGUUCUGGACACUCAUGGUUGGGAUCAUGACUGUGGAUAUGAAGGGGUCAAUCUUGAACAGAGUCUAGCCAUUCUCAGUCAAUUCCCGGCUGUUAUAUCUGUUCAGCUUACCAAAGAUAAAAAAGAGUUCAGCAUCAAUUUGGACUCUUCCAUUGCUGCAAAACAUGGGGAAAAUGGAUCAAGUAUGGCAGGUUUUGACAUUCAGAAUAUGGGUAAGCAACUUGCAUAUAUCAUCAGAGGUGAAACCAAGUUCAAGAAUUUUAGGAAGAACAAAACAGCUGCUGGGGUAUCAGUUACUUUCUUAGGGGAGAAUGUUGUCAGCGGGCUUAAAGUUGAGGAUCAGAUUUCUUUUGGAAAGCAGUAUUCUUUGGUUGCCAGUGCAGGUACAGUCCGUUCCCAGCAGGAUGUAGCAUAUGGAGCUAAUAUCGAAAUGCAACGCAGGGAACUUGAUUAUCCAAUUGGACAGGUUCAGUCCUCAUUAGGUUUGUCUUUAAUAAAGUGGAGAGGGGACCUUGCACUGGGGUUCAACAGUCUAGCGAUUUUUUCUACUGGACGCAAUUCCAAGGUGACUGUCCGAGCUGGAAUCAACAAUAAGCUUAAUGGCCAGAUUUCUGUAAGGACAAGUAGCUCUGAUCAUCUCUCUCUUGCGCUUGCAAGUAUCAUUCCGGUGGCAAUAACCAUAUACAAGAAACUUUAUCCUGAUGUUGGUGAGAAGUACUCAUAUUGAUCUUGUUUUGUUCUGUUCAGCAAUUCUUGGAGUUAGCACCGGAAAAUAGAAGUUAGCAUUUACUUGAGUAUUGCGUAUUUUUGUCCAAAAUUUAGAGCUACUUCCUGUUUCAAGAUUAUGUUAUUUUCUACCUUGUCAAGAAUGAGAUUACUCCAGGUGGGAUAUAAUAAUUUAGCUUUGCUCCAAACUUAGUAAAGGGAAAUACUUCUUGUGUUCA